AUGGCAACCAAGGCCACCCAGAUCCCAACUCUAGGCUUCAGGCUGAGCCUGAGCACAUCUCCAGUCUCGCUACACGUCUCUCACUCUCAGUAUGCGGUGAUGGGGUCCGGGGACGAGAGCCUCUCCCUCCCUGGUGCACCUGCGUCUUUGACCACUCACCUUCCAUCCCCACGAGCUCACCCCUCCACACCCCCAUUGACACACCUAUUCUCCUACCCGUGUGCACACUCCCCUUCCUUGGCCACUCCCCUCCCCCCACCGUCCCCCGGGCUGGCACACUCGCCCCCGCCUCUGGGGACACCUGCUCGUGCGGGGCAGGGCUGGGAUGCGCAGCCGCGGCCACUUCUCCUCCUUUCCCCCUCCCCGCCCCGCCCAUCCCUCCAUCCCUCACCGGCUCCCCGGCUCCCGCCCCGCCCGCCCGCCCGCCGCUCCGGGGGGGUCUCCGCCGCCGCCGCCGCCGCCGCCGGAAGGAGCCGCCAUUUGCCACCUCCGAGCGCACGGGCCGAGCCGAGCCGGAGCCGGGAGCCGGAGCGGGACUGGGGCCAGGAGGACGACGAUGGGGGGCGGCCCCGCCGCAGGAGGACCGGGGCGCGUAACCCCGGGGGCCCGGCCCGCUCCGGACCCGGACCCGAGGGGCGCGGCACCCUAAGCCCCCCUCCCCGCCCCCUGCCCCGACCAUGGCUGCCCGCCCCGCCGCCCCCGGGCCGCCAGCCCUUUCGGCCCCGCAAGCCCCGGAGCUCCGGCGGUGGCAGCAGUGAACGGCUCUUGCAGGCCCCGAAGACCCCGACUGGGCUUGGCUCUCGAGCGCGCGACCCCUUCCCGGCCUUGUCCUCUCCCUUCCCCCCGCCUCCCGAGAGUUCCCCGUGCACGCCGCCCCCUGCCCCCAGCGCCCGGACGAUGCUCAAGUCUCGGCUCCGCAUGUUCCUGAACGAGCUGAAGCUGCUGGUGCUGACGGGCGGGGGGCGGCCCCGGGCCGAGCCGCAGCCCCGGGGGGGCGGGGGAGGCGGCUGCGGCUGGGCGCCCUUCGCCGGCUGCUCGACCCGGGACGGCGACGGCGACGAAGAGGAGUACUACGGGUCGGAGCCGCGGGUCCGGGGCCUGGCCGGCGACAAGGAGCCGCGGGCCGGACCCCCGCCGCCGCCCGCGCCGCCGCUGCCGCCCCCGGGCGCCCUGGACGCCCUGUCUCUCAGCAGCAGCCUGGACAGCGGGCUCCGAACUCCCCAGUGCAGAAUCUGCUUCCAGGGACCGGAGCAGGGGGAGCUCCUGAGCCCCUGCCGCUGUGACGGCUCAGUGCGCUGCACACAUCAGCCCUGCCUCAUCCGCUGGAUCAGCGAGAGGGGCUCCUGGAGCUGUGAGCUCUGCUACUUCAAGUACCAGGUCCUGGCGAUCAGCACCAAGAACCCCCUGCAGUGGCAGGCCAUCUCUCUGACGGUCAUUGAGAAGGUCCAGAUUGCAGCCAUAGUCCUGGGCUCUCUGUUCCUCGUUGCCAGCAUCUCCUGGCUCAUCUGGUCUUCACUCAGCCCUUCAGCCAAGUGGCAACGGCAAGAUCUGCUCUUUCAGAUCUGCUACGGCAUGUACGGCUUCAUGGAUGUCGUCUGCAUAGGCCUGAUCGUCCACGAAGGCUCUUCUGUCUACCGUAUCUUCAAGCGUUGGCAGGCAGUGAACCAGCAGUGGAAGGUCCUGAAUUAUGACAAAACCAAGGACAUAGGAGGAGAUGCAGGGGGAGGGACGGCAGGGAAGCCGGGCCCCAGGACCUCACGGACGGGCCCCCCCUCUGGGGCCACCAGCCGCCCCCCGGCUGCCCAGCGCAUGCGGACGCUCUUGCCUCAGCGCUGUGGUUACACAAUCCUGCAUCUCCUUGGACAGCUGCGGCCACCAGAUGCCCGUUCCAGUUCCCAUUCUGGCCGCGAGGUUGUCAUGAGGGUCACUACGGUCUGAAGUGAACUCCAGGAGCAGGGAUCUUGAGUCAGUGCAUCGGCCAGAGAUACGCUGUCAUGGCUGCUGGAGGUACCACCUGGACAGGGUGUUUUGGGCUCACGGCCCUCACUGCUGAGGAUCUCUGUGGGCAGCCUCAACCUGGAGACAUUGGCCUCUACUGCCCACUGGGUAGAGACACCUGGAUAAAAUUCCAGCCCCCACUGACAGCUCCUCACAGUCAUCCUGGGGCAGCCAGUGGGCUGUGGGGAGAGCAUCUUUUCUUCCCAUGAGAACCGUCCUUACCUCAGCUCCUAGGGCCUCCAGGCCCCCAGCUCCACCACGGUGACUUGGUGAAGGGGGACCAAUGCCAGAAGAAAGGGGCUGUAGACCCCCCAUUCCCCACUCCAUGGCCACAGGGCAGCUGGCAAUAAGACUAAUAUACAUUGACCUCCCGUUCCCUGCAUGAGGGCGGGGGUACUUCCCCCUGCUCCGCCCCCCACUGCAUGGGGGGAGGGCAUAAAGAAUCAUUUAUAUGCA